AUGAUUGAAGAAGGAGCCAAGGCCAAGAAAGAUUCGGCAACAAUGAAAAAAAUGCUCGAUAAUGCUAAACUUCUCAUGAGUGUUCAAAGGGAUUUGUUCCUGGGCACUGGGUUCUACAACACCUUUGAAGGCAAGCCCACGUCAGCAAGCGGUAAGAUUACGACUGCGAUAUCGAAUCUUCUCCUUUCCGAUGCCCUCGGUAUCCCCUAUACGCCAUUUAAUCCGUUGCCAAAUAUUCCACUCCUGAGAAUCACGGAUCGCGAUUUUGUGGAUUCCCUGAUGCAGGAGGCCCUGCCCGAGGACCGCUCUCGGUUCACCGAGUAUCUAUGCAAUCGACCGCUUGGCCUCGGAAUUAUAACCGCCCCGCCUGGGUUUGGAAAGACGACCGCCCUUGCUAUUGGAGCCGUUGCAAUGGCUCAGACUUUAGGGAAGUUAUAUUUAUCGGGACCUACGCACAUCUCUGUGGAUAAUGCCGCAGCACGACUGGAUCUUAUUAGUGAUCGGGUGACGAAUCGUCUAAACGAUAAGCUCAGUCAACAGGGCCUUUCACCCAAGUAUCAUCGAAAGCUCAUUAUCCGUGCAUUCAAGAUCGACGAUGAGCUAAAGGCCCUCAAAAAUGCCCUGCAGAAUCCCCAGGAUGCCAGUAACGCCACUAUUGAAUCGUCAUGGUCCAGGAAUUCCAAAUGGAGACUACAUUUGUCGUUGGCUUACUGGGUGUUGGUAGUUAUCCGAUCUCCCGCUGUGAGACAGCUUGGUCCACACGACAAAGAGAGCUUGCACGCCAUUCGCGAGAAAUGCGACAAGGAUGGUUCUUUGGCGGUCCUCGGCAAAGUUGCAAUGGGCAUCAUUGAGUGGGAAAAGUAUAAGAGAAGGGGUUUGGAAGUGAUAGAUGGCCGCGACUCACCCGUCAGGCGUCUCAUGACAAGCAUUCUAUCCGUAGCCGAUGUCAUUGCAACGACACCAUACCUCGCAUGCAAAAAGCCUUUCUGUGACUGGAGAAAGAGGGAGGCCCGAGGAUUCAUAUUCGACGAGGCUGCCAACAUGAAUCGGCCAGACCUGCUAUGUGUCUGGGGCAAUACCUGUAAGCCGUGUCUCCUUGCUGGCGAUGAAAAGCAACUGCCGCCAACUGUGAUGACGAAGCAAGAGCGAGACGAAGAUGGCAAUUCCUUGAAUAGGUUCGCGGGAGAUGGCGCGAUUUCGCCCAUCCACCACUUCAAGUCCAUGGGUUGGCCCAUAUACAGACUUCGUGUCCUGCUUCGGAUGGCGGAGGGACAAUUCGACCUCACGUAUAACGAGGUUUACAGAGACAUUCCUUUCACCUACGGCCCUGGAUGCGCCAUCGACCUCCCCCAUCAUGAGAUUGGCCGCAAACUGGAGAGUUAUCUCUGUCGAAAGUUUCCAAGAAUCAAGCCUGCUCCCGCUGGCGAGCUUCUUCCAGUCUUUGUCCAUUGCGAGGGUUCCCAGUCCUCCCAGGAUGAGUUUUCUGGUUCGACGAGAAACCCCGACCAGGUAACACUGGGACUAAAGAUCCUGGUAAACUUCAUCAAGAGCUCGGGUGCAAGACCGCAAAACAUGGUUAUUAUUUCGCCUUACUUGGCCAAUGUUGGCACCAUCGAGAAGUUUCGAAAGCGCCCAGAGUUUGCUGCCUUGAAACCAAUGCGCCCGACCGCGACGGUGGACUCUUUUCAGGGCCAAGAAAGUGACAUUGUGAUGAUCAUCAUGGGGACCACGGCUAGUUCGGGUCCAGGGUUCACCUCUGACGAGCACCGGCUGAAUGUGUUGCUGAGUCGCCACAGGUCUGGCCUCAUCAUCGUCGGGGAUAUUAAUGUCACUGGCGACGUGCUGAAGCCGGAGGCACCAUUCCAGGGCGUGAUGGUCAUUGGUCGAACUGGCGAGAAGUAUUUUGAGCCAUGCAGGAUGCUCCGAAAUGUGCACUUGGCAUUGCAGGGAGCGGGCAGAGUCGCCCGGAUCCGGCUUCCAAAGAAAGAUUAA